AUGUGGCUGGACAGCGAUUGUUUCGAAUUGGGGAAAGAAAUCACAAUCUACACUGCCAGUUCCGACUCGCAGUUUCGUCAUUCACGAUUUGGAGGAGAACUCAUUCAAAGUGGUUUCUAUCCCUUUCUGGGAUAUCGUUUCGGUGGAUCAGCCGCAGAUCAAGAGGAGGAAGAUGAGGUUCCAGUUAAUGCUAUCGUAAUCGAUAAUGCCACCGGACAACCUCAUAUCACCACAGUCUCCUCCGCGGCUUCCACCAGCACCUCACGAAAGCACUCUAACAGCGUCCUCUCCAAUAUCGACACUCCUCCAAAUCGCCAUCUUUCUACCACCAUUCAUGAAAUUCCCGAUCCCCAUCAAGUUAUCCCUGUGUCUGUCAAUCAGCUGAAUGAUCUCGCGAUUACUACUGCCUGUGCGGCAGCAGCUGCUACCGUUAAUUCCCUCGUCAAUUCCUUUCAAUUGAAACCCGCGUCUAGAUUUCCUUUCAUGGCUACUACUAAACUCAUCCCCACGUCUUCUAACAACCUCCAAGCUAACUCUAUGGAUGGUGAUAGUGAAAUGAGACGCAGGUCGCUACCUAACUCCUUCAAUGACUGUGUCAUCUCUACAAAUCAGUUGAAGGACUGCGUGAAGAGUAUGCUGAAUGGGGUAGUGACAACUUCCAGAGAUACGGGUUCCACGAUGGGGAUUUGUGCUGCAAAUAAUAAACCUUGUGAACUGACCAAGGUGUCCUACCCUGUGAUGCAACAGACUGCCACUAAUGCCAGGGAGAAAAGAGUACGACAGCAAUCCGCUUGUCUCCAUCCUCCUGACAAGGACUUUUCGGGAAUCGCUGCCGUUCCCAAGCUGCCCACGUUUCAAGGCCGUAUUAUCCGUGCUUCACCAUCACAGAAUGUGCCACACACUCCCCAUGCCAGUAUAGUUUCCACAUUGACUCAGGGUGCAGCCAUCUCCUUGGCCUCUGCGAUCGGCAAUAUCGCCACCGCAGUGGUAGCCACCAACAGUACUGCCGACCACAUUGCCGAAUACGAUGACCUGUCAGAUGCUGAGCUUUCAACAGACGACGGACAAAACGAUUCGGAUACAGACGAUUAUGAGAAUGAGGAUGACGAUGGAAAGGGGGCUGGGGGAGGCGAGAGGUGUUUUGUUGGAGUCCCACAGGUUGUCCAUGUGGCUCCUCCCACGCAGGCACCCACAACGCCCGCUCUCUUCACCCACUGUCAAUACGCUUACAUUGGAACAGGCCGGUGGCAAGUCUACGUGCAAAUGUGGUUCGUUGAAGAAAGGCUUAAACGAGAAGCAUACCUUCAAGUGCUGGAAAAUGAGUGGCACGACUACGAUAGGAUUGCGGAUCUCUUCGAGGGCUCCAAGUGCUUGAGCAGCAACGACCGAAUCAUCCUUGUUCGACUCCUUGCAAUGGCAAGACACAAUAUUCCUCUGAUUGAGGGAGAGCUGCUUUUCCCUUGGUACGCUGCAUAUUUCAUUCCCCUAUUUCAAACUUCCAUCCAAGUGUCAACUUUUGCUUGCCUUUUGAUCAUUCCGCUUUAUCUCUCCCACCUGCUGUCUUGCCAUGUUAAUAUCUUUUCGACAGAGGGCAAUGGAGGCAUCUAUGCACAGGAGCUCUACUCCAAAUUGGUGACUCUACACUUCCAUCAACAGGCUCAGCAACUCAUGGCUCAUGCUUGUCAGCAGUUGGAUGCCCAUGGUGCCAUUCCCUCCACAACACGCGGUGGCAUUGAGCCACCCUUAACUUCACACCAUCUUCCUUCUUCCGUUGCUACCAACGGCUUGACUUCCCUGGGGCAGUCGACAGUAUAUACUUCAACGGGUCCCUCUCUCCCUAUGACCUUGGAUGCAGCUGCGGUGCCAACUCUGCUUCCUUCUGGUGCUAUGACAGCAGCUUCCGACGCCUGCCUCACCUCCUUCUCACCCUCCUGCCUUGCACCCGAUUCUCGCCCACAUGAACUUGAAGAUCUCAUUAACACACAGAUGAUUCAGAUGAAUGGAGAUCCUUCAUCAAACAUUGUAAUGCCUCCUCAGGCCUCAUCCUCAGUGGCACCCCCAUCCACCACGACAUGUGCAGACAUUCCCACAGGUAUGAUGCCUACCUACGGAUCCAGCGUCGCGUCACCCCCCAUGCAGACGGUUGUACCCACCAAUCCCCUCAAGUCCACAACGGCAACCAACGCUACUAAUAGUGUGAGUCUCGCUAGUGAACGCAGUGCCUCUGUGAGUAUAACAGGUGGCAAUGUGGGAGCAAGCUCUGUGGAAAUGCUGGAUGUCGGUUGUCUGGCCCCUGAGAACGCCACGUGUGCCCUUUGUGAUCGACACGACUAUCUCCACCGAACCGAUCUUCCCAACUACCUCACUUCUCCCUGCUACCAUUGCAGAGAGAGCUUCGCCAGAGAGGCCAAAAUAUCCCCCGAAGAUCUCUUUGACCUUCACUUGCAGGUGCGUUAUCUCGCUUUCUUCUCUCCUUCAGUAAGAGAGUAA